AUGCGAUGGCCGCAAUGGAGUUCCGAGUCGAUCAAUGACGAUAAACAGCCCCAGGAGCGCAGCUCCUCAACCGCGUCAUCGCACCCCACACCCGAAACAAACAACACCCGCUCCGCACUAGACUUGGCCGCCUUCACAGAGUCUAGGACACUCCUCUCGACCCUUCUCUUGACAAGCAGUAUCUUGCUUGCUGUACGCUUCCAUCGCAGCUACCUGCGCCGUAUCCCCGAUGCUCCCAGCAUCUUGCCUUCGUUUCUCCGGCGGCGGACCGUCUUCGGUCAAGUGACCAGCGUCGGCGAUGGGGACAACUUCAGGAUAUUUCACACCCCUGGUGGCCGACUCGCUGGAUGGGGCUGGCUGCCAUGGAAGAGAGUUCCUACAACGAAAAAGGGACUGAAAGAUAAUACUAUCCACAUCCGUCUAGCAGGCGUAGAUGCCCCUGAACUUGCACAUUUCGGCCGCCCCGAACAACCAUUCGCCCGUGAAGCCCAUGAGUGGCUCAUAUCCUACCUACAAAAUCGUCGCGUGCGGGCUUCCGUCUACCGCCAGGACCAGUACCAUCGUGUUGUGGCCAGUGUAUACGUGCGGCGCGCCUUUGACUUCCCGCCGUUCCGCCGAAGGGAUGUAUCAUAUGAGAUGUUGAGGCGCGGCCUGGCGACUGUAUAUGAAGCCAAGGUCGGCGCGGAGUUUGGAGGCGAGAAGAUGGAGCAGAAGUACCGCCGCGCGGAGUGGUGGGCAAAAGCACGGUCCAAGGGUCUUUGGAAGGAUUACCGCCGCAUCGGGUCAGAUUGGGAAAGCCCAAGAGAUUAUAAGAACCGCAUGGGAAUGGGCGAUCCCUCCGACAAUGGUGGUAAGUCAAAAUCAUAG